CGGCAGUGGCACUCGCUCGGUUCAGGCGGCUCCGGCGCCCCACGCGCACGCACGUCGCUUUCCCGCCCGCUCGCUUCCCGGAGCUCACACCCGCGCUCACUCGCGCACUCCCGCCUGGCCCGAGAACCGCGCCGCCGCCUCGGCCCCGCGGAAGCCCCGCCGCGCCAUGUCUUCGCCUCCCGAAGGGAAACUAGAGACUAAAGCUGGACACCCGCCCGCCGUGAAAGCUGGUGGAAUGCGAAUUGUGCAGAAACACCCACAUACUGGAGACACCAAAGAAGAGAAAGACAAGGAUGACCAGGAAUGGGAAAGCCCCAGUCCACCUAAACCCACUGUGUUCAUCUCUGGGGUCAUUGCCCGGGGUGACAAAGAUUUCCCCCCGGCGGCCGCGCAGGUGGCUCACCAGAAGCCGCAUGCCUCCAUGGACAAGCAUCCUUCCCCAAGAACCCAGCACAUCCAGCAGCCACGCAAGUGAGCCUGGACCCCACCAGCCUCACCCGCGGCCCCGGCUCUUCUGUACUUGGUAUUUCCCUGACAGAGAAAACCAGCACUUUCUCCCAAAUCCUGCUCUGCUGGGAAAUCUAAGGCAAAACCAAGUGCUCUGUCCUUUGCCUUACAUUUCCAUAUUAAAAACUAGAAACCGCUCCAGCCCAAACCUUGUUUAUGGGGAGUCCGGUUGGAUGUCGUUUGAGGAUGAUUGCGCCCCUAGAGGUGCCAUUAGCAGAAUUUGCCAAGAUCUGAGAAAAACUUUUAGCUUUAGUUCUAUUUCAGCAGUCGCCUGACAUCCUUGUCUGUGGUCUUAAAAACAAGAAGGCACACAUUUGAGAGGAUGAGAUUAAGGUUAGGGGAAAAGCUCAGCCAUUGCAUGCUUUUUAGUAUUGGGACAGUAAAAUCUUAACACCUGCGGGAAAGUAAGAACUAAGGGAAUGAGUUUGGGCGGCCCCUCAGAAAGACCGUUAGAGGCAGGGAAGAGCAACGCCAAAUUUCCCUCCCUUGUGAGAUGGGGGAUCCUGUGCAGGCUGAGGAGGCACCCAUGAGAAAAGCCAAAAAAGCAGAG